AUGAGAGUUGUUGUACAAAAGGUCAAAAAUGCCUCGGUCACAGUUGAUGACAAGUUAAUAUCAUCAAUCGGAAAGGGUCUCAUGGUGCUUGUUGGUAUUUCAACAUCUGACACCAAAGACGACGUAUUGAAACUAAGCAAGAAACUUCUUUCAUUACGUGUAUUCGAGGACAUGACACAACCAGCAGAGACAACUACCAAGUGGUAUGGCAAACCAUGGAGCAAAUCUGUUGUUGAUAUUCAAGGUGAAAUAUUAUCGGUAUCACAAUUCACAUUGUAUGGGACUGUGAAAAAGGGAACAAAACCUGACUUCCACAAAGCUGCCAAAGGCGAAGGUGCCAAGGAACUAUACAAUAUAUUGUUGGAAGAAUUGAGGAAAGGCUUGGGUCAAGAGAAGGUGAGGGAUGGAGAAUUUGGCGCAAUGAUGGAUGUGGCGUUGGUCAAUGACGGGCCAGUUACCAUUGUUUGGGACACACAAGAAAACACUUUAUAG